AUGACCUCGUUUCUCCCCGUGAACAGUACCCCGGCAUCGAGUAGCCUGGCGAUGGAGGACGUGACAACAUCCGCUACUCCACGGCCGAACUCGCCCGAGUCUCGAGACUCCAAACCCUCGACGACGAACCCAUCACAAACCCAAGCCCUGUCAUCCGCAGCAGAACAACGAGCGCCAUCGAUCGCUUCGACAGGAGACGAAACCACCGUGGCCGAUGAUGAGCCUGACCGGGAGCCUUCGGAUAAUGAGCACGACGCCGAAGAGACCGCUCCGCCGUCGAAGAAGAAAAAGGGCCAGCGGUUUUUCUGCACCGACUUCCCACCCUGUCAGCUAAGCUUUACCCGAAGCGAACAUCUCGCCCGUCACAUUCGCAAACACACCGGCGAGCGUCCCUUUCAAUGCCAUUGUUCGAGGCGCUUUUCACGGCUCGAUAACUUGCGCCAACAUGCCCAGACGGUCCAUGUGAAUGAGGAUAUCCCCGGAGACUCGCUCGCCGCCACAGGUACUCGGUUUCAGCGCCAAAUUCGCACCGAUCGCGUGCGUCCUCCCCAGGGUCGUGCGCGAGCCGGCACUACGGGAAGCCAGGGCGGCCAUGCCAGAGGACACAGCCGGAAUUUGUCCACAUCAAGCAUCGCUUCAACUGCUUCCACUAUGAGUCAGCCUUCGGACUUGCGGCGACGACCGCCCCCUCUGAUCAUGGCCAAUGACGGUUCCGCACGGGCACACCUUUCUUUGGGCGCCAUGCCCGAGCCAACGACUCCGCCUAGUCAAAUUCGCUCCAUCCCAGGCCCAUCACCCGGUAGCAACUAUCCCACAUUUUCUGCUGGCGGGGGGGUCGGUUCCCACUAUGCUUCUCCUCUCUCGACUACUUCACAGCCUGGAUUCUGGGAUGCAAGGGGUCACGCUCGGCGUCUGUCUGUUCCAACAGGGCCGAACCCAUUCACCAACCAUGAUACGUAUCCGCCACCGUAUAUGACCUCGACGGGCCAUCCCCACGCUUCGUACACUCCAAGCUCCGCUGUAUAUGCCAGUCCUACGAGUUCAAGCUUUGCACCGUCUCGGGAUGAAGGUAUUACUCCGUCCGAGGCCGAGUUGCGACGGCGCACUUGGCACCCUUCAACAUACCAUCCUCGACCGGCUACCAGCGGGUUGGUCAAGUAUGAGGAGUCAGCAGCCAACACUCUUCGUCCGGCCUUUGGCGCUGGGCAUGCUGAUAACCAGACCACCCGACUUCCCGGCAUUGAAAGCUUUGAUAAGGUUAUUCAGAGUCGUCCACUCACUCCUCCUUUACGCAGACUUAGUCCUAUGCAAGUCGACACACCCAGCCGAGGACCGCAUCCUGCUGCAACCCAAGCUUUUACCCCUGGCUUUGGCGGACAACCACCGACAAAUCGCCCCCCCGCGCCGCCUCCUCCAAUCUCAGGUCCAGGGCACCGCCGUGCCCAGGGGUCUUGGGACCUACACUACAAUCUCACGGGACUCACCCUGGGCAAUGGAAGCUCCCACCCCGCAUAUAAGGAAGUGACAACCCCGUGGGGCCAGCAGACGUUAGGGGAAAUCCACAGCAUUGGGUCUCGACCGUUGAGCAGUGGACAGCCUUUUUCUAAUGCAGGAGGAAAUGUACAAAUACGGCAGGAGCCUUCCACGCCCCAAAAUUCACAUCGGUACAGCUUGCAGGCUGCUGCUACUGUUUCUGGGACACCUGGCUCUCACGUGACGCGCACGUCUCCUGAAGAUUCCAGCAGUAGCGAAGGUGUUGCUACUCCGUCGACCGUUUCUAUGGAGUAUCAUCCGGCCAUUGUACAUAGCAAUGGACAUGUAGAGCCCGCGAUAGCCCAUGAGGCUGCACAUGUGAGUUUCUUUCUGACAGCAUUUGAAGAUGAAGGAAUCAAGCUAAUGAAUGAGUUGAAGAGUGGUUAUCCCCCAUCCAACCGCCCCGGUAUGCUUGACAGUUCAUCUGGUGGGUCGGGUGGUAUGGGUCGCUUGGAAGCACUUGUGGCGGUUGCAACCAGCGAGGGCAAGACUGCUGCUGCUACACGGUUAUUCUAG